AUGAAUCCAAGAGUAAUAGCGCUUCUUGCCGUGGCAGCGGAGGUUGCGGACGAUCCCCCUGCGCCUGUCGUGGUUGCCCGGAGGAGAGUGUGGGUCCACAGUAUUAAUCGUGGCAGGGGGCAGUACGGGGAAUACCACCGGCUGUGCCAAGAGCUCCGCCUGGACGAGGAUCGCUUCAAGGUCUAUUUCAGACUCAACCGGCAGCAGUUUGAAGGAGUUUUAACAUUUAUUGGGCCGACCAUCGCCAAGAUGAACACCAAUUAUAGGGAGAGCAUCAGUCCCGCCCAACGGCUUUGCAUUUGUCUGAGGUACCUGUCAACUGGAGACUCGUACAGGUCCAUAGCCUUCAGCUACAGGCUGGGGUUCUGCACUGUGGCGAGGAUUGUGAGGAGUGUGUGUGAGGCCAUAUGGCAGUGUAUGGUCUCCACAUACAUGCCUGUGCCAGGGGCAGAGGACUGGAUGAAGAUAGCGGGGGACUACGAGAAGCUGGCGGACUUCCCCAACUGCCUCGGCGCCAUAGACGGCAAACAUGUGGUUAUCCAGGCCCCACCGUCUACUGGCAGCCAGUACUUCAAUUAUAAGGGGGCAUUCUCCAUCGUCCUUCUGGCGGUGGUGGAUGCCCGCUAUCGCUUUAGGGUCGUGGAUGUGGGGGCCUACGGCAGGAGCAGUGAUGGAGGCACGCUCUCUUCUUCGGCCUUUGGCACUGCUCUGCGGCUGGGGAACCUGGACCUUCCACCUGAUCGACCCCUACCUGGAGCAGACCAUCUGGGACCCCAGCCGCAUGUUUUCAUUGGGGAUGAAGCUUUUCCUCUGCGGAGGAACCUCCUGCGGCCCUACCCUGGCCAAAACCUGGGGGGAGAGCGGAGGAGCUUCAAUUUUCGGCUGUCCCAUGCCCGGAGGAUUGGGGAGUGCGCCUUUGGCAUCCUCGCCAACCAGUGGAGGCUCUACAGGAGGUUCUCGGCGUGUCUCCAGAGGUUGCAGAGAGCGCCGUGA